AUGAGAUGCACGUAUAGUCUAGGAAGAAGGACGUGUCGCAGCGAGGUUAGCCUCAAAGAUGAGAAGGCUAUACGCAAGUUCCUUUGCUACGAGUACGAGAAGAACGCGACGGAGAUGUGCACCAAAGCUGUAACGGCGGAAUGGAAUCAUUUAGUAGACAUCAAGGAUCCACAGAAAGCACUAAUUUCGAUCAACGCCACCAUCGAGAGCGCUAAACUGGAUAAGGAUUAUUGGAAGCAUUUCUUCAAGGACAUCGACGUGAAUUCGUUGGAAUGCUCCAGUCUUCAGCGGCAGAUCAAGCUGUUGUCCAUCUUAGGAGUGGCAGCGCUUGGAGAUAAGAAAUUAAAAGAGCUGACAGGUGUAAUUGACGCGAUGACCCAGAUCUACGGGACGGCCCGCGUCUGUCCUUACCAGAAGCCGCACUGCGAUCUGAAAACGGAAGGACUACAAUUGGAUCCAGAUUUGGAGCGAAUAAUGGCGACUAGUCGAGACUACGAUGAGCUGUUGUACAUUUGGCUGUCGUGGCGUGAAGCAACUGGUGCAAAAAUAAAGCGCUUAUACGAGUUUUACGUCGUCCUUUCGAACGAUGCAGCCACGGCGAAUAAUUUCACGGACAUGGGACAAAUGUGGAGGAACGAGUACGAGUAUCCGGCGAUGGAGAGCGAUCUGGAUCGUUUGUGGAAGGAAGUGAGUCCUUUGUACGAGGAAUUGCACCGCUACGUCCUGAAUAGAUUGAGACACGUCUACGGGAAGGACAUGCCGCAGGAUGACGACGAUCUUAUCCCUGCCCACGUCUUAGGUAACAUGUGGGGACAAACGUGGACAAAUGUUAGGUCUCUGGUGAGGCCGUAUCCGCGCGCGGACGACAUCGAUGUCACGGAGGCCUUGAAAAAACACAAGUAUACUCCGCACAAGAUGUUCGAAGUGGCCAACGAAAAGACCACAUAA